AUGACGGAACCGCGUAUGCGCCUGCGCCAAAAAGGCCAGCAAUUCCCCACGCAAGACUUAGAAGCCUUCCUCCUUGCUUUCGGCGACAACGACUACCCGCUCCCCGAAACGGUGCGCGUCCUCGACGAAAUCAUAACCGACUACAUCAUCGAAACAUGCCACGAAGCCGCGUCGGUGGCGCACCACGCGCGGCGCGCGAAAAUCAAACUCGACGACUUCAAGUUCAUGCUGCGCAGGGACACGGGCAAGCUGGGCAGGGUGAGCGAGAUGCUCGAGACAGACAAGGAGUUGAAGCGCAAGCGCAAGGCGUUCGAUACGGAUGAGGGCGCCGUCCUAGCGGAUAGGGAGAGGGUGGGCGGCGGCGGCGGCGGCGCCGAGAGGGCGGAGGGGGCGAAAGAGGGGGCGGAGGAUAAGGGGAGGAAGGAGGAGGAGGAGAGGAGGAGGAAGAAGAAGAAGAAGAGAAGAGAGGAGGAGGAGGGGGGUGUGGGGAAGAGUGUGUGA